GUGAGAACAACAAGAACGCAGACAACGUUGAGUGCACUUUCAAUGAAAUGGAACACGCAAUGAGUGACCUUCGCGUAACUCAGUUUUCGUUCAAUGAGGUGAGAGAGCAUAAACGAAACCAUUGCCUUGUGUGAGACAAAGAGGGCCAUAGAAGAAGUGUACAUCAGAUUGGCGAUUGUGGUUGACAGUAGAAAGAGGAAAACUAUGAAGGAGAGAAGAGAGGAUUCGCCAGCAGAAAAAGCCACACUGACAAGAGCGACGUCGACGACGACGACGACGAUUUGAAGUUUUCGUAUGCAAGUCUUACUACAACUUAUCUGGUGUGGCAAUUGUCUCGUAAAUCGUAAAAUUUUCUAGUAAAUGCAUAAUGAAAGUUUUAUAAAUUACUAUGAAAGUAUUCUUUGCCUAGUAGAAGGAAAGUUUCCGGAGAUUCCGUGCGAUUAAUCUAGCGACAACUGUGGGAUUUUCCGUUUACCUCUAUGAAUGACAGCAAAAAUUUAGGUGUGUUUCACUGGCCAAGGGUAUAGGAAGAAAAAAUCGCGACAUCAAUUUUGCUGGAACAUUGGAGUCAAGUGGCGACGAGGUCGCAAUGAAAAAAGUUUCACUCUUCCGGGACGGCUAGUGACUGUUUGUACGCAAAAGUGAAUUACGAUUGAUUUUUCUUCUUCCGGUUGAAUCGUCCGUCCAAGAUGGUUCCAUUGCACAGUGCAUGCCGAAUCCGGCUGAAAAGUGUCUACGGUACUGUGACGGACGUGAAUUUUUAAAGUUGCAUACAUUUUUAAAUCUACCAUCGAUAGCGGCUCGUCUUUUUUUUUCUUCACUACUGCAUCUUGCAAGCAAGUAGUGAAGCUGCAAAUCAUGAAAAAACUGAGAAUAUCGUACCGUCAUCUCGUCGAGCUUCAGCAUUAACAGUAAUAACAGCAUCGGCAGCGUAUAGGUGUUACCUGUGUAUGUGUGCUUGUGUAGUGUAGUGUGAAAUAGUGCCUGCGAAGGUGUGGUUAGUGAAAGACCGACAGUAAGUUCUGGUUGGAGUAAGGUGCGGAAUCUGGGUUACGCUGCUGGAUGAAAGGCAGCUAGGCAGAAGCACGCGGAAGGAUCAAAGGAAGGUGUGCCUGCGUGAUUACGUUAGAGAGAUCGCGUUCGAGAGGGACUAAGAGUAGCAUUCGUCUGCAGCGACAGCAGCAGAAUGGCGAAUAAUUCCAGCUUCCGGAGAUAUCACAUGUAUCUCCAUUAAACAAAUGGAUGCCGUGUUCGGCCCGUUGAACUGAAGUGUCUUUGAAUUGAUAACAAGCUUCUUUGCCUGCCGGUGUGUUGGCGACGUUGGAGUCGAAAAAACUGAAUAUAGAAGAGGAGGUAGAAAGAAAACUGCACUCAGCAGCCUUGCCCAACAACGAUUACACAUACAUCGAGGACGACGAGGAGGGAUAGACUCGGAAGGAGUGAACGCGUGAGAGUCCUGUGCUCUGGAUGUGUGACGCUUGCCGUAGAUAGAUAGAUUUAUUCACGCUGUGUCAAACAACGGUGGUGGCGGUUUCGGGCUCUGCAUCUGUGCACCGGUGUACGGGAAAGAGUCGAACGAGAAUAAAAGCGGGUGCCGAAAACACAUCUAAUCUAUGCGAUUCUUUUCCAAGCACACAAUUGCCUGUAGUGUUCCGUCGAAAGAUUCCAGACGGCAGGGAGGAUUUUUCCAAAGGCACGUUUCGUUCUAAGGAAGAGGGUGGAUUUUGUUGAGGUCGAUCGGGUGCACCACUUGCAUUUUCAUCACCCAUUCAGCUAGAAGCUAACGGAAGGAAAAAUACGAACUGAACGAGUGAUAGGUUAAUUAUAGUGGCAUUUAUUUAUCCGGAAGGGGGGCGCUUAUCAAGUAACGAAAUUGUCAAUUGAGACAAAGUGUUUCGAAUAGAAAGGAAAAAAAAAACAUAGCCAUAGUGUAGUUGACUAACGGAGGGAGGAACCAUGCAAUAUUCUUAGAAAUCCUAUUGAAGACCUUUUUGGAAGUAUUAUUUGAUGGAAGUGCUUUUGCGUUCUAGUUUGUUUCUAUUAGACGGCAAUAAAAAAAACUUAAGUGAUCGUAAUAAUUAUUUUUGGUGCAAAUUGUUCCGAUGAAACUCAACGAAUGGGAAUGAAUAUUUGAAAUGGUAAAAUAUCACUGAAUAUUGUGCACUAUUCAAGUAGAAAUUAGUGUGAAAGUGAGGGCAAACGUUUCGAAGAAACAAGACUAUCAAACACUGGCAAAAUAACCUAUAUCAAUGCAUAGUGAGGAUGAACUAAUCGCCCGCACUCAUAAACAACAAACGACGCAGCAAAUCACGACCGUAACGAAGGUCGUGCGCGAGGUUAAACAGUUGGGACCGGAUGGACAACCAUUUGACUAUGUAGCAAUGCCACUCGACAUGGGACCAGAUGGACAGCCUCUCGACUACGUGUCGAUGCCAAUGGGAAUCUACACGACUAGGUCACAAUUCAUGAAUUACAAUCACUUGGAUCAGCAAGAGCACUUAGCUGCCGCGGCAGCCGCAGCAGCUGCAUCUCAGUCGCAUCUGCAACCCGGACCGAAGGGGAUGGGUGGGCCAAACGAUAAAGGACAGUAUCAAACUCAUUAUCAGGAUUAUGAGCAUUAUUCGCAGUACGCAGAUUCCGGCUAUGACCCGGCCGGUGUGCAUCAUCCACCACACCCGCAGUCCUACCUCGGAGAAUACCAGAUUAACGACCGCUCAACGCCGCAUAAUUCAAGCGAAAAUAGCGAAUCCUCAAUCCCGCUUCCGAUGAAUGUGCCUCAGAUGGGCAAUCCGUCAGCCAACAUGCUACCGCCGGGUUAUCUACAGGGUCAAUACGACGAAAUGGGUGAAUAUGUAAUAGCUCCGUCACCCGGUGGCCCAGUAGAUAGGCUCUACCCGGAUAAUCCAUCCGCUAUGGUCUACGGUUACGUCUCAACUCCUCCCUAUGGCACAAUCAGUUCACAUGGUCAUCUCGAUCCAACUGGUUCCAAUGAACCUACGUAUGCCACGAAACAACUUGCAUACGAAGCAGCAGCUAGUGCCAGUCAACGAGGCGUACCACCGGAGGGAUAUUAUGAUGGUGAAGACGACCUUUCGCAGCACAUGUCCAAUUUGCAAAUCCACAAUCACGUAUUUCUUCAGCAUCACAUCAUAACAUCGCCCGGAGGAAACAAUCGUUCGGCGGGCAACGGACCUGAGGGCCCAGAUCUUGAGGAUCAGCGCCAAAUGAAAUGGCGUGAUCCAAAUCUAACCGAGGUGAUCGGUUUUCUUAGUCAUCCAAACAAUGCCAUCAAAGCUAACGCAGCCGCGUAUCUACAACAUCUCUGCUACAUGGACGAUCCUAAUAAACAGCGAACUCGGACUCUAGGGGGAGUUCCCCCAUUGGUCAAACUGUUAGGCCACGAUAACACCGAUGUUUAUCGGAAUGCCUGUGGUGCCCUGCGAAAUUUAUCCUACGGUCGUCAGAAUGACGAAAACAAGCGUGCAAUCAAUAGUGCUGGAGGAAUUCAAGCCUUGAUCCAUCUGCUGAGACGUACCUCUGAAUCCGACAUCAAAGAACUAGUAACUGGAAUCAUUUGGAACAUGUCGUCUUGCGAAGAUUUGAAGCGAUUCAUUAUCGAUGAUGCCAUUCUUGUAAUUGUGUCGUACAUCAUCAUUCCCCACUCGGGUUGGGAUCCGACAAAUCCAGGCGAAACUUGUUGGAGUACGGUGUUCCGGAAUGCCUCGGGAAUCCUGCGAAACGUUAGUUCGGCUGGAGAAUAUGCGCGGAAAAAACUUCGCGAGUGUGAAGGCCUAGUCGAUUCACUGCUGUACGUAAUACGGAUAGCAAUCGAAAAGUCCAAUAUUGGCAACAAAAUUGUGGAAAACUGCGUGUGUAUACUUCGGAAUCUUUCCUACCGUUGCCAGGAGGUGGAAGAUCCUAACUACGACAAGAAUCCGAUUCCGCAUCACAGUAGUGCGGACGGAUCGCACGGUAGUGUAAUUGUGAGUGCGGCCUCUUCGAAAGGCGAAAAUCUUGGCUGCUUUGGCGCGAGUAAGAAGAAGAAAGAACAACAGGCCGCGGCGGCUGCGGCACAGCAAGCCGCUGAACCGAAGGAUCACCCGAUGGCAAACGGGGACCCGGCCCGGAUGGCAUAUAAGAACACGGCACAUUACAAAGGAGCAGAGCAACUGUGGCAGCCCGAUGUUGUACAUUCCUAUCUUGCCUUACUGCAGAGUUGCUCAAAUCCGGAAACACUUGAAGCGGCAGCUGGUGCAUUGCAAAAUUUGGCCGCAUGCUACUGGCAGCCGAGUAUAGAGAUUCGUGCCACCGUACGAAAAGAGAAAGGGCUUCCCAUUCUUGUGGAGUUACUACGGAUGGAAGUGGAUCGGGUGGUGUGUGCCGUCGCGACUGCCCUUCGAAAUCUAGCUAUUGACCAAAGAAACAAAGAAUUGAUAGGCAAGUAUGCCAUGCGGGAUUUGGUCCAGAAGUUACCAUCCGGCAAUCCACAAUGUGACCAGGGUACCUCGGAUGACACGAUUGCAGCCGUGCUGGCCACGCUCAAUGAAGUGAUCAAAAAGAAUGCUGAAUUUGCCCGAUCCCUUCUUGAAGCCGGUGGAGUCGAACGGCUAAUGAACAUGACCCGACAACGGUCAAAGUAUACUCCCCGGGUACUUAAAUUCGCCGGCCAGUUGUUGUUCACGAUGUGGCAACACCAGGAUCUGCGAGAUACUUACAAGAAACAUGGAUGGAAGGAGCAAGACUUUGUAACAAAAACAAUUGCCUCGCGGAACGUAAAUAGUAGUAAUGGAGGAAGCUACAGUGACAAUUCACCAAAUUCCCCCAACAAUACGCUUAACCGUCCGAUGGCAUCCCAGAGUGGUACCAGAUAUGAAGAUCGAACUAUGAAACGGCAACAGAAUUCGAACAAUGGCGGUCAAGCCAUGUCGCUACCGCCCAGUGAUGGAACUCUUAAGAUGGGUAGAUGAAUCCCCAAGCAGACUCCAAUUUAGCGGAGUAGUGAGUGAAACACUGAACUAGUAGCAGGAGAUUAAAGUGCAACAAUAAAACAGGUAAAGAUGCCACUUGUAGAGCUCAUAUUUCUAUCACAGAGGCACAGAAUAAAAAACCCAAUCAUACAGUUGGAAACAAAGCUUUCCAAAAGCUUACAGUGUGACUUAAUGGGUAUAACCGUCAAAAAACCUAUGAAUGAAUAGAAUCCACGAGUAUGACGUCGUAGAGUAGCUUACAAAGUAAUAUAUAAUCUCGAACAUCAAACGAUCUUGAAACUGGGCAAAUUUCGUUGACAAUUGGAUAGUCCUCAUUUACCAACAUCAAUGCAGUUUUAGAACCUUAACCUUUCUAGAAUUCAUGAAAUUUAACACUCUAACAUAACCAAUCAUCCGUCUGUCAUCCAUUUACGAUACUGUUCUUAGUUCGAUUCCUCUUCUGCCAACGUGGUGUAGCAAACUAUAAAAUCGAAAAUGCACCAGUGAUAGUAAACUAGGUUUCAACUAUAAACGAAUGGUUUUUGUUUUGUGAAUGGUUCGCAUCUCUCAAGUGGCUCAACAGGCUGUAAUCUUCAUGUGAUGCAUAGUAGGAAUCCCGAAAUACGAUGUGGGACACAUAAAUGUUCUGGCUUCGGUCAAAACCGAUGUUCAUAUCCGUGGAGAUAUUGUGUACGGUAAAUAUAUGUGUUAUCUUUCGAGUAACUAUAGAUGUUGGUUAUAGGCUCUAUAUAAUUGAACUAAAUGGAGCUUAAGCAUGGCAAGUUUGUUACGUUUCCGUCAUCAAACGUUUCAAUUUUCUAUUUUUUCGUGUUUAUCCGGAAUUACACCAUAUCAGCAUAUUACAACAUGAUGUUCGUAUGUAUGUUAGGCACCCUGAGUGUAAUGUUGUUUACGCUCAAUUUUAAAAUCCGUGUUAUUCCGACCAGGAAUCUCCAAACAACUUGAGAGAUUGAUACAUUUACUAGACAGUAGUAUAAUCAGCGAAAAACAAAUAUUUACUUUUCACACUCCAGAAUAGUCAAUAUUUGUAAGCACCACCACGUUGGUUCGUCAUGUUCCCAAUAGUGUCAUGUAGUCCAUCUGUACUAUGUUAACUGAAACUGCAUCACCAAAUCCCGAUCCCCCUUCCCACUCCAUUCGCACACAUUCUUCCAACACGCACUUAACAGAAAUGGACUUUAUAUCGAUGUAACUGGUGACUGGUGACAGUGGUAGCGAGUCAGCAGCAACUGCCAAGUCGGCCGCCACGAUGUUUGUCUAAGGUACAUUAACGCAGCAUUCAUAUGAGAAUAGUAUCAAUAAAAUAAUCGAAUAUUCAACAUCAAAAUUACACCCCACAUAGUGCUGGUAAUUCAACACAUUUCAAGUGUAGUAUAUUGAUGAUCGUUAAUGGGAUUAGCUAAACAAUUUAGACUCAUGUAAAAAUAUUAUUAAGUGAAAUAAUGUGCAUACGAUCGACCCAUUUAAGAUUUAUACUUAAGUACUCUUGGAGGCGCUCAUUCAUCCAACUUUUUUGAUAACAUGAACGACGGGAAUUCAAGUGCGUUACGAGAAUUUUAAAUACCACCAUAAUGGAAACGAUAACAAAUGGAACUAAUUUGAUGAAUUUUUCUAAAACAGAAUACAUUCAAAUUAAGUACCCAGAAAAAAAAACAGCAGGAAGAAAACAGCAACAAAUUUUUAUCCCUAGCUACUAUUUUAUAGUGUAACAAAUAAAAAAAACCACAGGUGUAAAUCUUCAGAAAUAGUCCAAAUACAAAUUCAUUGUCGAGAAAUAUUUCGAAACACGUUACAGACGAGCGACUGCCGCAAGGAAUUACGAUGAAGUAACUCAGAACAUGGCGAUAAGUAUACAUCACGUAGUACUGCAUAUACCAGCAGGAAGAUAGUACAUGCGAAAACAAGCACCGGAAAAAUGAUACAUCCACAAGCAAGCAGUACGCAUUCAGAAUCCGUAGAUUAGAGUAAAUUGAAAUAAUUGAUAACAACUAAAACAACAGUACAUACAACUAAGUAACGUAAUAUUUAAUCAUAGCAAGGAAGCAAAAAGGCAAGCGAAAGGGUAAUACUUUAAUGGUCAAUUUUAUCAUAUAAAACGUUACAAAACAAUAUAGCAUCACCAAAUUCACUUUCACUCACAUACACCCACUGUCGCAUCAUAUGAGAGCACACGCAUUUAGAGGAACAUGAAAAUCACGCAGUUAGAAAUAGAGACGAAAACUAUCUACUUUGCAAAAAAAAAACAUCAUUCGGGAAUGCAGAACAAGGUCAAUGGCAUUUUCAUUUCGUCAGCAGUAUAUGUACUCAGUCUCGCACGAGAAUCUGGAAAUCAUGACGAGCGAAAAAUUUUCCAGUAGAAUUCUGUUUCUCAUCAUUCCAUAACAGUACGAGACAUCUUUAGACCCACUCUUCGUGUAUAGUUUCCUGAAACAUGAAUGAAAUAGCUUGCAGUGUGGUAUGAUUGAAAGUUUUCUGAAAUAUCAAUUUGGUUUCAUACCUACUUUCGGUACAAUCAAUCAAUGAACAAGGACUUUUUUCUUCUAAAUAUGACAUUUAUACUGUAAUUCAAUUGACAUUUGCAGGCUUUUGUAACAAAAAAGACAACUAUUAUUUGACGAAGAAAAUUGUACAUUACAAUUGGUUAUGUGAUGCGAUCUGAAUGACAGUAACGAUUCAUUUGUUUGCAUGUAACGUGUCGAUUAUUGAUCGCUAGAUAUGCGUAAAAUAAAAAGCAAACAUGAAAUUAAGACACUGGGUAUUUUCAACUAAUUAUUACAAUUAUUCCAAAUUAUAUUAUUAUGCAACAAAUCAAAUAUACUAUCGAUAGCGAGGAAAAGUCAGGAAUGUGCAUGAAUAAUGGUUAUUAGUAGGCAAAUGAGUAGUGAACGGGAAAUGGUACGAUUAAAAUUACUUAAUCUAAAAAGGAUAAAAAUAUAUACAAACAAUUAAAGUAAAUGUAUGUAUUCCAUGAAAAACCACGACUUACAGCAGAAAAAUAAUGACAGUCGAAAUACACAAACAAACAAUUGGAUUCCAUUCUUGAAAAAUAAUUAUCAAUAAUUUAAAUGAUGAAAGAAGAUUAACAUAAACUAAAUUGCAUCAAAAUAUGCUUUUAUUUAGUUCCAUUUAUUUACAUUAUUUUAUAGUAUUUUUUUUUGUUCGGGUAGAAGUACACUGAUUCAUUGGAAAGAAUUAAAAAAAGGACAACAAAUAUUUUAAAAUGAU